GUGGAACCAGCCUGACCGAGCCAGCUCUCCUCUCCCGUCCGUUCUCUCCCAAGUCCCCUCCCCUGUCCAGGGCUCCAGUCGCGAGCGUGCGCCUCUCCGCCGCCUGCCCCCACUCCUCUCCCCCCCCAACUUUCGUUUUCGGAGGCUUACUUGAUCGCAAUGGUUAAAAUCGAAGACCAUGCGGAGGACGGGGGCGCGGAAGCUGAUGCCGGGGCUCUCAGGGAUGCAGCUGUGGAUCCGCUGCAUGGCCCGAUGCAAUCCAGAGUGAAGGAGGAGGAAGGUCAACCAAGUUCUUCGUCCAGUUAUUUAAGAUCACAAUUUAUUGGAAUGGGAUUUCCACCAAAGCUGGUAGACAAGGUGCUCCAGAAACAUGCUGACGAUGAUUCUGACACCAUAUUGGAAUCUAUUUUGUCCUAUUCUACCCUUCAGGAGUCAGGAUCUGAAUCAUCAGAUUCUUUGGGAAGUCUCUUUGAUUCUGAUAAUGAAGAGAACAGUUCUCCUUUAGAAUCUAAGAAAGGAAUCAACCAAGACAUCAAGUUGGAGCCUGAUUCUUUCUCAGAAAAGAGGUCAUAUUUAUUCAGAACAAUGAAAUUUUCGCAGCAAGAAGUUGAUUUAGCAUUCAACCAACUUGGUGAGGAAGCGCCAUUAGAACAGCUCGUGGACUGCAUUGUCAUUGCUCAAUUAGGAGGAUCCUCUGGAGGAAUGGAAAAUAAUGAUGCUACAAAUGAGGGAAAGGCUGAAUCAUUGUUUGGUGUGAUGGACAAAACACUUAGCUUGCUUCAGAUGGGUUUUACUGAGGAAGAAGUAUCAUCAGCUAUUGACAGUUUUGGCCAGGGAGCAACAGUUGAGGAGCUGGCUGAUUCAAUUUUGACAAGGCGAAUAGCCAAUAGCAUUGAGCAGAAAGAGGUAAAAGUUGAAUCUGAAUUUCUAGGUGAGACAGAAACCGAGUUUUCAACAUACCAGCCUUCAUACUCUGCUGUGAGCUGUUUUGAUGGUCAUGACAAUGGUAGAGACAAUACAAGGGUUAAAAGGGCUAAGCAUAUAUUUAUAGAUUACAGAGGGGCCUCGAGUAGUCACUCUGGCAAUCCAUGGUUUAUGGGCCGCUGUGCAGGGACCAGUGAUAUGCCUGUCAAGGAAGAACUUGAGGCAAUGACACCAGGCUGUCGUGCGAAUGUACAUGGUAAUCUCGCUAAACCCCCAUAUUUCUUAUAUGGAAAUGUUGUUGAAAUCCCGAAAGACACAUGGCAUCAACUAUCGCAGUUCUUAUACAAUGUGGAACCUGAGUUUGUGAACAGUCAAUUCUUCUCAGCUCUGAUGCGAAAGGAAGGUUACAUUCAUAACCUUCGAAUGGAGAGAAGAUGUGCUGUUGUUCCAAAGUCACCAAUGACUAUUGAAGAAGCACUUCCAUUCACAAGGCAAUGGUGGCCCUCAUGGGAUACAAGAAAACAUAUCCAUGUUGUUACUACAGAGGUUGCUGGGAUUGAACAAACAUGUGAGAGACUGGGGAGGAUGGCUAGAGAGUCAAGAGGAGUGCUUUCACAAGAAAGGCAGAUGCACAUUAUGCACCAGUGCAAGGCAUCAAAUCUUAUUUGGGUUGGUCAGGACAAGUUAAGCCCUUUGGAGCCACGUCAAGUGGAAAGGAUACUGGGCUACCCACAUAACCACUCAAGUCUGUUUGGUCUAAGUCCACCAGAUAGAUUAGGUGCCAUGAAAUAUGCAUUUCAGACUGAUACUCUUUCCUAUUUUUUGUCAGUCCUGAAAGACAUGUAUCCAGAUGGGAUGAGGGUGCUAUCCAUCUACAGUGGAAUUGGAGGUGCAGAAGUAACACUCCACCGACUAGGCAUUCCUCUGAAGUGUGUAGUAUCUGUUGAAGAAUCUGAUGUGAACAGGAAAAUUUUGAGACGAUGGUGGACAAAAACUGAACAAACUGGAGAAUUGAGGCAGCUAAACGGCAUGUGGAAGUUGAAAACACAUGUAAUUGAAGACUUGAUCAACGAGUUUGGUGGUUUUGACCUGAUUAUUGGUGGAAACUACAUUUCUUGUAAAGGUGGUACGACGAUAAAUACAGCAAUGGGAAUGGAUGCUAACCGCUUCUAUGAAUAUGCCCGUGUUGUUAAGAGAGUGAGAACUGCAUUAGGAGUCCAUUGAUGACUGACAUGGUUCCAUGUUGUCAUCCAUCUUUGCUGAGAUCUCGCUUUGGCAAAUGGCCAUCAACCGCCUUGUAGGAUGAUGUAGCAUCAUGUAAUCUGUAAAUGUAGGAUGAAACUGGUAAACUUUGACAAACCUGGGCAUUACACUGGGUAUUCCGUGUUCCUUAUUGCAAUGGCUUAACUGGUUGGCUGGUCACUUCUAGUCUUUGGUGAUAAUUAAUUAUCCUUUAUUGCUUC